GUCGCCAUGGAUGCGCGCGUCCCCUUUCAGCGCCCGCUGGAGUCGGAAGGUCGAACGGAUGGUUUGCCCUGGCGGCAGCUGCAGGGUGAGCGACUCUCUCAGGACCCCGACUGGGAUCAGGCCGGCUGCUGGGCUUGGUCCUAUGUUCGCUUGCACAACCGCUUGCUGGAGCAAGCCAAGAUCAUCCAGUCGGAAGGACAACAGGCGCAAGAGGAACAGCACGGACGAAGUGGUUUUGAGGCACCGAGCAUCCGAAGUUCAUUGAAACUGCUGAAGAACGAGGUCUUCUCCCUCUGUCCCAUGAACUUCCUGAUCUCCGGAAUUUUGAUCUCCUUCAUACUGACGAGUCUCAGUUUUAUGAUUCCCUGGAUUCAAGGGCAGCUCAUUGAUGUGGCGGUCGAUGCGGCCGCCCGAUAUGCCAAGGGUGGACCUGAGGCUGUGGACAUUGGGGCGGAGCUCUUUGAGCCGAUCUUGGUCCUCUCAGUACUGAUGUUCAGCAGUUACUUUUGCGAGAUCUUGGUUGGCAUUUUGUUCGCCAUCUGUGGGCACACCACAGUGACGCGCUUGCGGAUCAAACUAUUUCAGAACCUCACAGAGCAAGAGAUCGCCUUCUACGACUCCCACGUCAGCGGCGAGUUGUCGAGUCGUCUGAUCAACGACUCUCAGGCGUUGUCCUCACUGACGCAGUUUACCACACAGACUGUGCUUGGUGCCCUCGUGAAGUUCGCGGGGUCUCUGGUGGCCAUGUUCGCCACGCAUCCGCGGCUGGCGCUACUGGCCACCCUUAUCACGCCCAUCAACAUGCUCUUGGUGAAGCGUACCGGCAAGACCGUGGGUUACUACGGUGUGGUGCAGAACCACGCCAUGGCCAAAGCCAACGCCGUGGCGGUGGAGGUGCUGGGGAGCAUCCGGACCGUACAGUCCAACGUUGGGGAGAAACAGGAGGCCCAGUUCUUUAUGGAACGACUGAACCGAUAUUUGCGGAUCAUCAAAGCGACCGUCUACUUGGAGACAGUCCUGCGCUUCACCCAGUAUGGCUUGUCGAAAGUUCGCAACAUUGUCGUGAUGGCCGUGGCCAUGCAUCAGGUCAUUACAGGCGAUCUGAGCAUCGGCAGCUAUACGGCCUUUCAGCAAUAUGUCACUCUCUACGAGGAUGGUUUUAAGAAUCUGGCAGAUAUUUGGAUCAACUUCAAGCAGACGAUCACCUCCACGGGAAAGUUCAUCCAGUUGCUGCUGCGAAAACCCGAUGGGGUGACCUUUGAUGGCGGCUUGCAGCCCAUGAAGUGCCAAGGGCAACUGGUUCUCCAAAACGUCUCCUUUGCGUACUCCGGGCGGCCUGAACAGCAGGUCUUGACCGCGCUGACGUUGGAGGCCAAUCCAGGAGACGUCGUUGCCCUGGUGGGAGAAAGUGGCGCCGGAAAAAGUACACUUGGUCGUUUGCUGCUUCGCCACUAUGACCCGACCUGCGGCGCCAUCCUCUUUGAUGGAAUUGACUACAGGCAGCUGAAUUUGAGAUGGCUCCGCGCGCACAUUGGUUUUGUGGAGCAGGAGCCGGUUCUCUUCGAUCGCCCCAUGCGUCGCAAUAUCGCCUACGGCAGCGCCGCCAACGAGCUGCUGCCGGAGGUACAGCAGGCAGCGCGACGGGCCAAUGCGCAUGGAUUCAUUGCGCAACUGCCGAAAGGCUACGACACUCACCCUGGCGAGCGCGCAGCUCGCAUCUCUGGGGGCCAGAAGCAGAGGGUGGCCAUUGCGCGGGCCAUCAUCCGAAACCCCAAGCUGUUGGUCCUGGACGAAGCCACCUCAGCCUUGGACUCGGAGAACGAACACAUCGUGCAACACGCCUUGGAUGAGUUGAUGGAGGGGCGCACCACCUUUGUGAUCGCCCAUCGCCUCUCCACGGUGAUCGGUGCAACCAAGAUCUUAGUCUUGGACAAGGGACGGGUCAUCGAAGCGGGCAGCCAUGCCGAACUGGUUGCGGACGAGACAUCCAGAUACGCCAGCUUUAUGAAGCAUCAGUUGGUCAGUCCCUUGCUCUCCUGAAAUGUCCAGUUUAAGAACCGCACAAAUAUGUGUUUGUGUGGAUGGUGUGAUAUGGAAACUGUUUUU